AUGUUGCGGGCGCACUCGGUGGUUCGGCCAGACUUGAGCGAGGAGGAAGAGGACCCGCGGCUGCUGCUCAAUGGCUCGCUGGCGUCGGACGGCGACUUCUCGGAGACUGAGUCGUACGGCUCGCCGCUCCCGCAGCCGCGCACUGGCACCCACCGCCAUCGCUACGACGACGACAGCGGCGAGCACGGCAGCGUCUUCGCUCCCGCCGUGCUGCCCGCUGGCCACCGCAAGAGCCUCAAAUCCCUUCCCAAAAUGCGUCGGCUCAAGGAGUCGGUGUGGGACUUUGUGUCGGUGAUCACGUACCUGUACUGUAUGUAUGUGUUCGUGGUGGUGUUCGUCACCACCAUCUCCUUCAGCAUCAACUUCCUGUCGCAGCUCAUCUUCACCUGCGCCACCGCGCGCAACUUCAGCAGCGCCGUCUACCCCGUCGUCGUCAUCGCGUUGAUCAUCUUCGGGUUGUACGCGGUCACCGCCUUCCCGAUCCUGAUCCAUGACGUGUUCGCGCUCGUGGCCGAUUCGGUGCCGCGAAGGGCGCAAUACCGCAAGUUCGCCGAUCGUCUCCUCUUCACCACCCUUCCCCAACGGGUGCUGUCGCGGUGGUACAGUCCCGAGGCGUCGCUGCUGCUGCCGGCGCGCGAGGUCGACACGCGGCGGCACGCCGUGGUGCGCACCAUCAUCAUCGUGCCGUCGGUCAUCGCCGCCAUCCCGGUGGCCGUCGUGGCCGGCGACGUGUCGCUCUUCCCCGCCUGGUUCCUCUGCAUCUCCUUCCUCGUGUGCCUGGGCCUCGCCGUCCUCUUCAUCAUCACCGGCUACUUUAAGGCGCUGUCGGAGCACUGCGAGUACUACCGAUGGAUUCGCGUGCAGUGGGCCGAGGCGCCCUACAAGCUGCCCGGAGGCGGCAGCGCCGGAGAGUCGGAGCGGAGCGGCGACGCGUCGUGGGGCCGCGCGCUGGUCAUCCGCACGGGCCUCGUCCUGGCCGCCCUCGCCACUCCGCUCUCCUUCCACAAUGCCGUCAAGGGGCACCGGAUGGAGGUGGCGGAGCAAGAGGCCCUGGAGGAGGAGGUGGCCAUCAACCUGGGCUUCGUGCCUCCGCGCAAGCAGCCCGGCUGCUUCCGCUCCUGCUUCCGCGCUACGAAGCGUGUGCUGUGGUCGUCGACGUGGCUCCUCCUGCCGCUGUCCGUCUUCGUGAUCGUGACCAUGUUUUGUCUCAUUUCCGUGCGCGCUGGCGUAUCGGCGCUGCUGUUCUUCCUCCUGUCGUUUCCGGCGGUGGGCAUCGCCUUCAAGCACAUCUGGAAGGGCAAGGCCUCCAUCUGGCCCCUCGCCGUGUACGUGGUGCUGUUGGGCCUCACGCUACUCGGGUUCGGGUUCCUGCUGGGCAGCCUCAGCACCCAGACCCAGGCGGCCCACAUCUCCCCCGACAGCCCCGCCCUCCUCAACCUCCUCCCUCCGCCCCUCCCUCUCGACUCUUCUUCCGCCACUUCAUCAUCGCCCUCCUCCCCUCCUCAUCUCAUCUUCUUCUUCUUCAUCAUCACCUUCUUCGCCAUCGUCGUCUACCAGCUUUGUAACGCCCAGUGGGGCGAUCUCGACAUCGUAGACUUCGGCCUUCUCUCCUGGCUGGCGUAUUUCGAGAUCAACUCGACGGACUACUGGCGCUACGCCGACCAUUGGUUCAAUGGGUCCGACUGGCAGCUCCGCCACUUCCAGCAGGAGCCCGUCCACUUCUUCGACUUCUACUCCCCUUCUCGCAACCUCUCCGUCGUUAGCGUGCGCGGCACGGCAUCGAUCGUGGACGGACUGGAGGACCUGGACCUGUGGUCGGAGGCGCUCCAGCUGGAGCUGGUCUCGAUGGUGUUCCCGUUCGUCUUCACCUGGCCCGACUCCUCCACCGCCGUCCUCGUUCAGGUGAUGUCCUACUUGGAGCGCAUGUUCGUGCCCACGGACGACGACUUCUCCUACUUCAGCUCCGUGCUGGCCUACGUGCAACUGAUCAAAUCGCAGCGGAAGGUGAUGAUGACGGGCCAUUCGCUCGGCGGCUCGGUGGCGCAGGUGGUGGGCGCCAAGGAGGGUCUCCCCGCGAUCACCUACAACGCCCCCGGCAUCGUCUACUCACGCCGGAAAUUUGGCGUCGAAUUUGAUGCCAUCCAGCAAUGGACAGCCACCAUCCGGACGACGUCGGACUUGAUCUCGGCGAUCGACCAGCCCGGCGGCACGGUGCAGGACGUGCGGUGCGACACGGAGAUGGCCUUCCCCGACUGCCACUUCCUGGGCCACCUCCUCUGCCCGCUCCUCCGCGGCGGCUGCGGCCACCACACCCUCGACCAGCCCUCCCCCAUCGUGUGCUGA